AUGUCCUCAGACCCUCUGUCCUCAGACCCUCUGUCCUCAGACCCUCCAUGUCCUCAGACCCUCUGUCCUCAGACCCUCCAUGUCCUCAGACCCUCUGUCCUCAGACCCUCCAUGUCCUCAGACCCUCUGUCCUCAGACCCUCUGUCCUCAGACCCUCUGUCCUCAGACCCUCCAUGUCCUCAGACCCUCCAUGUCCUCAGACCCUCUGUCCUCAGACCCUCCAUGUCCUCAGACCCUCCAUGUCCUCAGACCCUCCAUGUCCUCAGACCCUCCAUGUCCUCAGACCCUCUGUCCUCAGACCCUCCAUGUCCUCAGACCCUCCAUGUCCUCAGACCCUCCAUGUCCUCAGACCCUCUGUCCUCAGACCCUCCAUGUCCUCAGACCCUCAUGUCCUCAGACCCUCCAUGUCCUCAGACCCUCUGUCCUCAGACCCUCCUGUCCUCAGACCCUCCAUGUCCUCAGACCCUCCAUGUCCUCAGACCCUCCAUGUCCUCAGACCCUCCAUGUCCUCAGACCCUCCAUGUCCUCAGACCCUCCAUGUCCUCAGACCCUCCAUGUCCUCAGACCCUCCAUGUCCUCAGACCCUCCAUGUCCUCAGACCCCCACCUCCAUGUCCUCAGAGACCCUCCAUGUCCUCAGACCCUCCAUGUCCUCAGACCCUCCAUGUCCUCAGACCCUCCAUGUCCUCAGACCCUCCAUGUCCUCAGACCCUCCAUGUCCUCAGACCCUCCAUGUCCUCAGACCUCAGACCCUCCAUGUCCUCAGACCCUCUGUCCUCAGACCUCUGUCCUCAGACCCUCUGUCCUCAGACCCUCUGUCCUCAGACCCUCCUGUCCUCACCUCUGUACCCUCUGUCCUCAGACCUCCAUGUCCUCAGCCCCUCAUGUCCUCAGACCCUCUGUCCUCAGACCCUGUCCAGACCUCGUCCUCAGACCCUCCAUGUCCUCAGACCCUCCAUGUCCUCAGACCCUCCAUGUCCUCAGACCCUCGUCCUCAGACCCUCCUGUCCUCAGACCCUCCAUGUCCUCAGACCCUCCUGUCCUCAGACCCUCUGUCCUCAGACCCUCCAUGUCCUCAGACCCUCCAUGUCCUCAGACCCUCCAUGUCCUCAGACCCUCCAUGUCCUCAGACCCUCCAUGUCCUCAGACCCUCCAUGUCCUCAGACCCUCCAUGUCCUCAGACCCUCCAUGUCCCUCAGACCCUCCAUGUCCUCAGACCCUCUGUCCUCAGACCCUCCAUGUCCUCAGACCCUCUGUCCUCAGACCCUCCAUGUCCUCAGACCCUCUGUCCUCAGACCCUCCAUGUCCUCAGACCCUCCAUGUCCUCAGACCCUCCAUGUCCUCAGACCCUCCAUGUCCUCAGACCCUCCAUGUCCUCAGACCCUCUGUCCUCAGACCCCCAUGUCCUCAGACCCUCCAUGUCCUCAGACCCUCUGUCCUCAGACCCUCCAUGUCCUCAGACCCUCUGUCCUCAGACCCUCUGUCCUCAAACCCUCUGUCCUCAGACCCUCCAUGUCCUCAGACCCUCCAUGUCCUCAGACCCUCUGUCCUCAGACCCUCCAUGUCCUCAGACCCUCUGUCCUCAGACCCUCUGUCCUCAGACCCUCCAUGUCCUCAGACCCUCUGUCCUCAGACCCUCCAUGUCCUCAGACCCUCUGUCCUCAGACCCCCAUGUCCUCAGACCCUCUGUCCUCAGACCCUCCAUGUCCUCAGACCCUCCAUGUCCUCAGACCCUCUGUCCUCAGACCCUCCAUGUCCUCAGACCCUCUGUCCUCAGACCCUCUGUCCUCAGACCCUCCAUGUCCUCAGACCCUCUGUCCUCAGACCCUCCAUGUCCUCAGACCCUCUGUCCUCAGACCCUCCAUGUCCUCAGACCCCCAUGUCCUCAGACCCUCUGUCCUCAGACCCUCCAUGUCCUCAGACCCUCUGUCCUCAGACCCCCAUGUCCUCAGACCCUCUGUCCUCAGACCCUCCAUGUCCUCAGACCCUCCAUGUCCUCAGACCCUCUGUCCUCAGACCCUCCAUGUCCUCAGACCCUCUGUCCUCAGACCCUCUGUCCUCAGACCCUCCAUGUCCUCAGACCUCAUGCCUCAGACCCCCAUGUCCUCAGACCCUCUGUCCUCAGACCCUCCAUGUCCUCAGACCCUCCAUGUCCUCAGACCCUCCAUGUCCUCAGACCCCCAUGUCCUCAGACCCCCCAUGUCCUCAGACCCCCAUGUCCUCAGACCCUCCAUGUCCUCAGACCCUCCAUGUCCUCAGACCCUCCAUGUCCUCAGACCCUCUGUCCUCAGACCCCCCAUGUCCUCAGACCCCCCAUGUCCUCAGACCCUCCCUCAUGUCCUCAGACCUCUGUCCUCAGACCCCCUCCUGUCCUCAGACCCUCUGUCCUCAACCUCCAUGUCCUCAGACCCCCAUGUCCUCAGACCCUCUGUCCUCAGACCCUCCAUGUCCUCAGACCCUCUGUCCUCAGACCCCCAUGUCCUCAGACCCUCUGUCCUCAGACCCUCCAUGUCCUCAGACCCUCCAUGUCCUCAGACCCUCUGUCCUCAGACCCUCCAUGUCCUCAGACCCUCUGUCCUCAGACCCUCUGUCCUCAGACCCUCCAUGUCCUCAGACCCUCUGUCCUCAGACCCUCCAUGUCCUCAGACCCUCCAUGUCCUCAGACCCUCCAUGUCCUCAGACCCUCCAUGUCCUCAGACCCCCCAUGUCCUCAGACCCUCUGUCCUCAGACCCUCCAUGUCCUCAGACCCCCCAUGUCCUCAGACCCUCCAUGUCCUCAGACCCUCCAUGUCCUCAGACCCUCCAUGUCCUCAGACCCUCCAUGUCCUCAGACCCUCCAUGUCCUCACACCCCCAUGUCCUCAGACCCCCAUGUCCUCAGACCCUCCAUGUCCUCAGACCCUCCAUGUCCUCAGACCCUCCAUGUCCUCAGACCCUCUGUCCUCAGACCCCCCAUGUCCUCAGACCCCCCAUGUCCUCAGACCCUCUGUCCUCAGACCCUCUGUCCUCAGACCCCCCAUGUCCUCAGACCCUCCAUGUCCUAUUAUCAGAGAGGAAAACUCUACAAACCCAGUAGAAGAAAAUAA